AUGGAGGCCAUUCCCGAUUCCUAUAUACGAGGGCAGCUAACACGCAGCGUGACAACAGACUAUGGCGACAACAGAAACUACGGCGGCAACGAUAACUAUGGCGAGAACCGUAGCUACGGCGAAAACAGAAACUACGGCGGCGGCAACAUGACACAAGGCGGCUCCUACGGCGGCGGCGGAGGCUAUCCCCGCGACGACGACGACGACAUGCGGGGAGCCGCCGAACACGCGAGCCGACACGCCGGCAGCUCCGGCGACAGCAGCAUGUUCUCGAGCCUGUUGGGUGCGCUCGGACAGAAGAAGCAGUCGCUGGCCGAGGAGGACGUUGACGAGGACGACGCUGUGCAGCAGCACAAGCGAUACUUCGCCGGCGGCGACGACGGCAACGAGGCCGACGACCGGUCCAUGGGCUCGGCGGCUGCCAUGCAGGCCCUGAAGAUGUUCUCGGGUGGCCAGAGCGGUAGCUCCCACGGGAACAACAGCCAGAGCGCCUUUGUAGGCCUUGCCAUGGGCGAGGCUAGCAAGCUGUUCGACCAGAAGGCCUCCCAGGGCCAGGUCUCGAGCGACAGCAGCAAGGAGUCGGCCGUGAUGAAGGCCGGGGAGAUGGCCCUGAAGAUGUAUAUGAAGAGCCAGGGUGGCGGAGGGUCGUCUUCGGGUGCUUCGAGUCUCCUAGGAUUUGCAUCCAAGUUCAUGUAG